GGGGCAGGUGUGGAGAUUUACCCCGGCAGCGUUUGCAGUCUUGUUGGUAACGGCAUCCAUCAUUGUAAGGAUGGGAUCCUCAUCAAGGACUUUGCUGAUCAGAUGGAUGCAAUGCCUUCCAUCACCAUGGAGAACAAUGUGAUCCACAACAAUGAAGGCUAUGGGGUGAUUCUGGUGAAACCCAACAGUGGGGAAGAGCCCAGCAUCCCUGUGGGAAGAAGUGAAGAGCACCCUGAUGCACACACACAAGAGGAAAAGCAGGGAGGAUCUUUAGACCAUCACUUGAUCUCCACCUCAUUUUCAACACCACCUGUCAGCACCACGUCCAGCAGCAGCCCCUCGCUACCUCUUUUGGCUGGGUCUGCUAAGAACAGCUCAGACGGUGAUGCGGCUGCGUCUACAGGCAGGAAGUGGCAGUUUAGCCGUCAGCUAAGCAGGAACGUGGAGAUGUCCAGCCAAGCUGUUGAGGAUCUGAAAGACCACCAAAUCUUUGUGUCCUUUCAAGGAAACCAGUUCAAGCGCAACGGCAUGGGCGAUUUUGGCACCUUCUGCUACUAACACUGAGACCUAACAUUGCCACGCACCCCUCGGCAUUUCUGCCCAGUGUGUAUGAUGACACUAAUCUUUUUGCCAUAAAAUAAAUGUUGCAGGAAUGUGUUGUUCUGAUUCACAUGUGUGGAGCUGUGCACAGGCAGGUCUAAAUAUCAGCUCUGAUGUUAACGUCCAGUGGCUGUGGAUGAACCCUUCCUGUGGAAUUUGCACAAAUUCUUUUAUCCGUUUUAUUCCUCUGAGCUUUCUAAAAAAUUUAAAUCCACGUUUGGUUUGUUUUAUUCUGAGGUGGUGGCUUGCAGAGUGCUGAGGUUCACACAGAUGCUUUUUAGAACGAUGAGUUCAGAUUUUUCAGACAUGUAUGACAAAGUUAAUAGUUUAGAAAAGUUUUAUUUGCCAUGUUCUGAAAACGGAAUAAAAAGUAACUCUACAGUUUAAUAUUUAGAAAGAACCGAGUGUGGUUGAUGAUGCAUUUUGUGAAAUGGAUGAAUAAAAUACAUUUUAAAGUCA